AUGACCCAAGUCCUACAGAACGCCGGCGACUUUACCACCUCGACGCUGGGCAAGGCCACCAGCGGCCUGUCGGGCAUCACCGGCGGCGGCGGCAAGGGCGGCAGCGGCGUCGACAAGUCCAAACAGCCCCCCGUCGACACCCCCACCGACGAGACGGUGCAGUUCGACAAGCGCGCCGGAGACAGGGCCGCCGAGAUCGCCAGACAGGAGAAGGAAAAGGUCGACCAGGCCGGCGACGACGGCUGGGAGGUGACCGAGGGCGCCGGCAAGAAGGGCGACGAGGCCGCCUCUGGCCAGCCCAGCGACCAGAGCGGCGGAGGUCUGCUCGGCGGCGUCGGCAAGACUGUUGGCGGGGUGACCGACACUGUCGGCAAGACUGCCCAGGGCGCCACUGGGGCCGUCGGCAGCACCGUCAAGGGAGCGACCGAUACCGUCGGCAAGACCGUCGAGGGUGCCACCGGCGGCGCUGGCGAGACUGCCGGCGGCCUCGGCAAGACCGUCAGCGGCGUGACCGACACCGUUGGCGACACUGCCAAGGGAGCCACGGACGCUGUCGGCAGCACGGCCAAGGGUGCCACGGACACCGUCGGUAACACCGUCGAAGGCGUCACGGGCGGUGCCGAAGAGGCUGCCGGAGGCGCGACGGACGCUGUCGGUAAGACCACCGAAGGCGCGACGGGCGCUCUCGGCGAGACCGCUGGCGGCGCGGGCAAGACCGUUGGCGAUGCCACCGACGCUGUCGGCGAGACUGCUGAAGGCGCGGCGGACACCGCCGGCAACGCCGUUGGCGACGUCUCUGACGCAGCUGGCGAGACAGUCGAGGGCGUCACCGACUCCGCUGGCAAGACGGUCGAGGGCACCACCAAGGACGCGAGCGAGACGGCUGAAGGAGCCGUCGACGCCGUCGACAAGACCGCGGAGGACGCCACCGGCACCGCCGGCGAGGUCGCUGAGGGCGCGACCGACGAGGCCGGCGAGACCACCGAGGGCAUCACGGGCGCCGUCGGCGAGACUGCAGAGGGAGUCACCGACGAGGCCAAAGGAGAGGCCGAGGGCGUCACCGGCACGGGCGACGAGACCGUCGAAGGCGCCCAGCAGGGUGUCCCCGGACAAGGCGAGGACAAGGAGGGCGAGGGCGAGGGAGAGAAGGAGGGCGACGAAGCUGCGGGAGAGGAGCAAGGCGAGCUGGAAGGCGACGCCACCGAGGGCGACAAGAAGCUCGAGGGCGAGGGUGAGGGCGAGGGCGAGGGCGAGGGCGAGGGCGAGGGCGAGGGCGAAGGCGAGGGCGAGGGCGAAGGCGAAGGAGACAAGCCCGCGACGGACCCCGAGGACCCCGAGGCCGAGCCCAAGGACGAACGCACGCCCGAGCAGGCCAUCGCGGACUACAAGGCCGAGCAGCAGCGCCUGCAGGACGAAGAGGACAAGGCCAAGCGCGCCGAGGCCGACGAGGCGGCCGCCAAGACCAAGGCCGAGGAGGAUGAGCAGGCCAAGAAGGACGCCGAGCUGGCCAACCAGAUUGCGGACCACGUCGAGAACUGCAUCGAGAGGAUCAAGCCGGUGCUCAAGCUGAUCAAGGAGCACCUGGACAAGGCGGACCGCGACAAGAAGAACGACGCGCUCGACGAGGACAAGGUGAUCGACACGGUCAAGCCGCUGAUUGAGCAGGCGACGGCGAUGCUGCAGGAGUGCUACGGUGGCAUCAAGGGCCUCGACCCCUCGGGCAAGCUGGCCAAGCGCGCCCAGGCCAGGUCGAGCUCGCGCAAGGCGACCGACGAGGAGUACCGCCUGGCCGACCUGCUCAAGGAUCUCAGCGAAAACGUCACCAAGACGGUCGACGACGCCCGGCGCAGGCUCGACGACAUGCCCAAGGCCAAAAAGAACCUCGGCCCGCUCCUCGACCUGCUCCAGGACCCGCUCUUCCAGAUCCUCAGCGCCGUCGGCCUCCUCCUCAACGGCGUCCUCUCGCUCCUCGGCAACCUCCUCCACGGCCUCGGCCUCGGCGGCAUCGUAAAGGGCCUCCUCGGCGGCCUCGGCCUCGACAAGAUCCUCAACAACCUCGGCCUGGGCAAGCUCCUCGGCGGCAGCAAGUGA